GAAGCCGCUGCCAAAAGUGCCUUCGCUUUCUUUCACCAGAAGCGUGUCCCUCACAAGAGCUCAAGUGAGCAACGUCUUGGCCUCAGACGUAUCUACGUAAAUGGCAUUCCGCGUACCAGUUACAAGGAACUCAAAUCCAGACUUCUUCUCGCUUCACUUUAUGCUUACAAAGAUAAUUAACAUCAGCUACAUUGCGCAGAACUGUGUCGAGUUUGUCGUGCAGGAGGAUUACACCACUUCCUUCCUUGCUAAAUGUAAGACCUUCCGAUUCCAAGUAAUUGAAGCAGAUCCUACUAAACCGCUUGAUCCCAAAUACCCUGUUGAAAAGCUCGAAGAAGUUAAGGCUCUGUUCGCAAAACGAGUCGCUAACAUUAUCCACAAUACUAUCGGCUCCCUCUUCUUCCGCUCUGUUGGUCUCUUCCAAGGAAGUAUCCUCAGCCCAUGGUUAUUCAAUGUGUACAUUGACGACCUCGCAGGAAAACUGGCCCGAAUUGAUCCCCAUCCUUUCUUACCUCCCCUCCUUUUGUUCGCUGAUGACACUUCUCCAGCCUUCCUCUCCUUCCAUCGCUACCCGCAUGCUUGCCAUUAUUCAAACUUGGAGUAUUCACAACGGGAUCAAGGUCAAUGUUAACAAAUCCGCUGUCAUUGACUCUCCCUUCUCGCGACCCCUUCUACUCCCCUCCAUAAUACCACCCCCCUCCCACUUGUAUCUUCUUAUGAAUACCUCGGUAUUCCAUUUACCGCCAACGGUCUUGACUUUCCCUGCUUUGUCUCUUCUGUCGCUUCCCGAACAAGAAAACUUUUCUUCGCAUCCACCAAGCACAGCCAAGAAUGGUCUUACUACGUCCGACUUGUUAUCUUCAAACCUUCUGUCGAUCCACCCACAAUAUGUCUUACCCCUUCUGCACGCCUCUGACACGCUCUUUCCCCGCUUCUUCCACUUACAAACUCUUCUGACACAAUGGGUCUGUCAGGGCCAUCGCGGCUAUGCAGCACCAUCGAGAAAUCUCGCUGGAUAAGACCUUGACAGAGCUUAAGACGGCUGAUUUGAAAAGAAAGUUUCUAAAAGGCAUAUCUGAUCAAACUCAGAGAAGGGAAAUCAGAAGAGCAACUAUUCAGAUGACAUCCCUCAAGGAG